GACGAAUAUCAAACCGCGUUCCAUGCAAGGUGUAUCUUUCCUACGGCGAAACACGUGCACGGAACUCACCUGGUAUCGUUCCAUCGGGAGAAGCACGCAUGCCGUACAUGAGAACUCUUCCACUCUACUGGCAUAGAUCGGUAACGUGCCGCAAAUAAGACGUUCCGAUGAUCAGAAGAUUGCUGCGCGGCCCCGCUCAUCCCUCACCCAUCCGCCCGUGGCACAGCCUCAAUGGCCAAGUUCCCCAUAGCAGAGGCGGAGCUCGUUGCCAUCUUCACCGAGAGUAUUACCUAUGGAAUCCAUAUCGCAACAUUCACGAUGUGCAUGUGGACGCUGUUGCGCAGGUCGAAGGACUUGGAACGACCUGUAAAUGUGACGUUGCUCUUGUUUUCCAUUACACUCUUUGUCCUCGGCACGCUGGACAUCGCUUUCAAUUUCUAUCGCAAUCUAACCGCCUUCAUCUUCUACACGGGACCUGGUGGAGCGGGUAAUGUCUUUGACGAGCUUUCGAACUGGGUGAAUACCUCAAGGAGCGCCUUUAACGUAUUCGCCUUCGUCGUCGCAGAUGCUAUCCAGGCGCGCAGCGAUUCCUUGUCGCAGGAGAUAACGUAAAUGCUAACAGCCCGCUUCCAGGUUUAUCGCCUCUGGAUCGUCUAUACUCGCAACUGGCGAGUAGCCUUCCCUCCCCUGUUCUUAUGGUUUGCCGGGCUGUCGUGUGCUAUAUCGGUCGUAUAUUACUGCGCUACGCUCAA